ACAGCAGCGUCGUUGUCGUCGACAAAUCGACAACCGUGACCUCGACCCGGCUCACGCUCCCCACGCACCACGCAAUCUGCGAUGAGACCUCGGGAAAUUGUGAGUUGCUCCCUCUCCCGCAAGUUGGAUAAAUCACAUCCUCAAGUAAAUGCCUCCCCUCUCCCUCACAGAAAUCGACCACUUCCCCUUCCCGGCUCCCUUUGGCGUGACCGCGUACAACUACUACGGCGGCAAUCAGUCCGUCGGGGACACGCGGCCUUACACGCCCCAUCCGGCGGAGUUCGAUUUCGUUGAGACCAAGCUCGUCGCGGAAAAGGUCGCGUGCUGCAAUUUCGCCAUGACACAGGGCCUCGCGGCGUUCGGUUACUGGAUGCCUGCGGACGUAUACGGGCAGCCACGGUGCUACGUCUUCAACGUCAAGGACAAGAAGCGCUGCCAGCCGCAAAGGGUCCAAUUCACGCUGUUGGAUGGCAGUCGCAAUUCGGCCAAGGGCUCGGGUUAUUUCGCCUUUGUGGUCAGAUCGUACCGGAUCAGCAUGGUUAUAGUUACUAUGAUAAAUGAUCGAUGGCAAUGACUAUUGGUCUUAUAUAUAUUUGCACACGUGCGCUCCAUAAGCUUCGGCUGAUAAAGGCGAUCACCGAGCAUUUCUCCAAAUAAAUAUCGCGGCCUGAGAUG